UGAGCGUUUAUUUUUGGGUAGAAAGAGAAUUGAUUUGAUUUGAGUUGAAAGUCAACGAAGUCACACAGCACAUAGUCAUAGAGUCCCAGUGCCGUUAACAGCCAGAUCGCUCUUUUCUUUCUCUGCAAUCCCAAUCUCAGUUUCUUCCAUUCUUCCCUUCACUCUCACAAUGCGAAUCCUUCUCCUUCUCUCCCUCGCCACGCUCCUCCUCUUCUCCUCCUUCUCUUCCACCCUCUGCGCCGCCCCGCCCGCGGCCGACGACGACAAUGAAGACCUCAGUUUCCUCGAAGAGGAGACCUCCACACCGGACCACCACCAACACCACUUCGAUGACGCCAGUGACGACUUCGACGACUUCGAGGACGACUCCGAGGCCUACAAGCAGCCUCAGGUUGACGAGAAAGAUGUCAUCGUUUUGAAGGACAAGAAUUUCAGCGACGUCAUCAAGAACAACCGCUUCGUCAUGGUCGAAUUCUACGCGCCGUGGUGCGGCCACUGUCAGGCACUCGCACCGGAGUACUCCGCCGCCGCCUCCGAGCUCAAGGGCGAAGAUGUCAUUUUGGCGAAGGUCGAUGCCACGGAGGAGAAUGAAUUGGGGCAGCAAUACGAUGUGCAGGGUUUUCCCACUAUCUACUUCUUCGCUGAUGGCAUUCACAAGCCUUAUAAUGGCCAAAGGACCAAGGAUGCUAUAGUAACGUGGAUUAAGAAGAAAAUUGGACCUGGUGUAUACAACUUGACUACAUUGGAGGAUGCUCAACGUAUUCUGGCCAACGAAACUAAAGUUGUUUUGGGCUUCCUCAACUCUUUAGUUGGUUCUGAGAGUGAGGAGCUUGCUUCCGCUUCAAGACUUGAGGAUGAUGUCAAUUUUUAUCAGACUGUGAAUUCUGACGUGGCCAAGCUUUUCCAUAUUGAUCCCGAUGCUAAGCGCCCAGCUUUGAUCCUCGUCAAGAAGGAGGAAGAAAAACUUAGCCACUUUGAUGGAAAAUUUGAGAAGUCUGCAAUAGCGGACUUUGUCUUUUCAAACAAGCUUCCUUUGGUAACAAUAUUUACAAGAGAAAGUGCCCCAGCAGUUUUCGAAAAUUCAAUCAAGAAACAGGUGUUGCUGUUUGCGACUUCAAAGGAUUCACAGAAGUUCAUCCCAGUAUUUCAAGAAGUAGCAAAAUCUUUCAAGGGAAAGUUGAUCUUUGUAUCCGUUGAACUGGAUAAUGAAGAUGUUGGAAAGCCUGUUUCAGAAUACUUUGGUGUCGGCGGAGAUGGUCCAAAAGUACUUGGAUACACUGGGAAUGAUGAUGGAAGAAAAUUUGUGCUUGACGGAGAGGUGACUGCUGACAGAAUUAAGGCAUUUGGGGAAGAUUUUCUCGAUGACAAGCUGAAACCAUUUUACAAGUCAGAUCCAAUCCCUGAAAGUAAUGAUGGUGAUGUGAAAAUAGUAGUUGGGAAUAAUUUUGAUGAAAUUGUCUUGGAUGAGUCAAAGGAUGUUCUCCUUGAGAUUUAUGCUCCCUGGUGUGGCCAUUGCCAAGCACUGGAGCCAAUAUAUGACAAGCUUGCGAAACAUCUUCGUAGUAUCGAGUCUCUUGUAAUAGCCAAGAUGGAUGGAACAACAAAUGAGCACCCCAGGGCUAAGCCCGACGGAUUCCCCACCCUUCUUUUCUUCCCAGCAGGAAACAAGAGUUUUGAACCUAUUACUGUUGAUACAGAUCGUACUGUGGUGGCCUUCUACAAGUUCCUCAAAAAACAUGCAUCAAUUCCAUUCAAGCUCCAGAAACCAACCUCAACUACUCAAUCCGAGAGCUCUGGUGACAAAGAGAGACAGAGUAGCAAUAGUGAUGUGAAGGAUGAAUUAUGAAGAGUUAAGUAACAUUUUUUUCUUUAUAAAACUAUAAUCCAGAUUGAUGAUAACAUGUUACUGAGGGUGAAAUAUAUGAGCUACUUCUUCUCACCCCGGCCAAUAUAAAAUGUGGGGACGGAGGGGGGUUAGAUUCAGAAAGUGGCACAAUUGCAAGGCAACAUAUGUAUUACUGUAACUUCAAAUUUGACAACUGUGGGCACUUUAUAAUUUUUGGGUUGAGACUUCAAUAAAUUCCCUGCUAAAGUUUACUUUUUUUUC